CCGAUCUCGUUCAAACCUAAGAAAUCAAAAUCAAGGAAUACUAGUAAUGCUGAGAUAUCCUUAUCAAUGCAAGACGAUAAGAAUUACUUAUAUGCUUUAAAGAACAAAAUACUGCAUCCCGUGGAUGAACCUCAGUCUAAUACCUCGAGCGCAAAGUCUAAACCAAAGAUUAAGACACCAAAACAGUCAAAUAAGCGCUCGGCUCCAGUUGAGGAAUCACCAGUUAUGAAGCGCCAGCCGAGACCAAUUACUAGUCCAUCUAUAAGGUCUGAAAAGAGUCCUGAAAAAAACGUAAAAGAGCAGUCGCUAUCGAAGAAGAAAGUCAAGUUCGAGGACCCAGUGUCUCCGAAGAAGAUGAAACUUGAAAAGUCUGCUACUCCGCUUUCUACUGACGAUAAGUUCAUGGAGAGAAUCGUGACGCAGAACUCGCACCUGCAGAGAAUGUCUAAAGCGAUGCCACAACGCAAAACAGUGGUAACUACAGAUGGAUCUACUACCUCUAUAGACAAACAUUCGCUUGAAAAGCUGAAAGAAUUAAUCUCAGAUAUUUUUGAUGCUGAAGAUAGUUUGAUUUCAGACUCAGAAGUUCCCAAGGUUUAUACCAAAUGUAUCAAAGGUGAUGGAUCUCUGCAACCAAGUAUUACAAAGGAGCUCUCAUCGUAUCUUAACCAACUCUAUGCUAGUAAACCUAACUCAAUCCUUGAACUUGCUAACAACGAAUUUGACGGAACAACACAGUCAGAAUUGGUUACGAAACUUGCAAGAUUGAUCAAAAUACUAGACAAGAGUGUGAUGCUCGGUGAUAAAUUGUCUGUUUGGAAUCCCGAAAACCAGGACGAUUUUGACGAAUCUAUUGACAACCUCCAUCUAGCUACGGAGUCUAUCGCCGCGGUAGAGUGUAUAUUAUUGAUAAUGAAGUUUGAUCAACUUCCAAAGCAACUAUAUUUCGAAGAUAUACUAUCGCACUGCUUAUCUGUUUUCAAAUAUCAUUUGAACAAGACAAUUUAUGCAUACGUUGAAGCCAUCGAGGAAGGAUAUAGCAACCCAUCUAAUAUCCUUGCAUACGCUGCAAGGAAAAAUCCUCAACCAAUUAAGAAGCCACUAUCAAUAUUAUUCAAUACUAUCACUUCGGUAAUCCCAUCACUGAAUGCUUUGAUGAGCCUCUCACAUGUCAGUUUGGGUGAUUCCGUAUUAAUAACUGCUACAUACAUCUCCAUUGGGCCAUUCUUCGUAGCUGAACCAACAUCUUUACGUGAUAUGUCUGUAAAGAACGCUCUCUCGCCUAUUGGAGGUGGAAAUGGAAUGCGUGAAUUGAGACUCAUAGCAUUAACUCUCAUUCAAAACAUCUUUGCCAAUUAUGAUGCUCAACGUAAUUGGAUCAUCGAUGAAAUUCUCUCAGCAGCUAUCAAGCUUCCAGAGUUGAAGAAGCAGAGCAGGCAGUACCAACUUAAAUCAGGUAAAACGAUAUACACACUCUCCGCAUUACUUCUUCAACUUGUUCAAGCAUGCUCACACAGUACUUAUGAGAAGAUAAACAAUCUUCGCUAUAAACACCAACUCAAUGUACUUGAAGAGGAAGCUGAGGAAUCUACAAAGACUGAAGCUUACACUGAAUUCGUGAAAUCCGAAGUGGCAUUGUGGGAGAGCUCUCUAUACGCAACUGCCAAUAUUGCACAGGCUAUUUGCUAUCAAUUAAUCACUCACCUUUGCCAAUCAAAAUCAUCAAAAAGUUCGCAUGAAGCAGAUUAUAAACUCAUAUUGGAAAAUCUUAUUAACGACACACUUACCGUUCUCUAUUUACCUGAAUGGCAAGGUGCAUCAUGGUUGUUACUCAUUCUACUCAGGUUAAUGGAACGUAGCGUAUUAGAGGACAACACUACGUCCAAUACUGAAGUGGUCAAUAUAAAAUCAAUAGCAUUAGAUCACUUUGGAAAUAUCUUUGCAAAGUUAAGGCAAGUGGACCUCGAAAGAAUUGAAUACAAUGAAAAAGCCAGCUUGUCUCAGUUAACUGACAUAGAGAGAGCUGUUUGGAAUGGUGAUCUCGAUGAAUUAAGUCGUCUGCACACAAUCCAUCAAACCUUAAUGGGUACUCUUUUCAUCAAUGGCUCACAAGAUGACUUGUGUAUAUCUGCUUACGAACUCCUUGGAUCUAGUUGGGGUUAUUAUGUCGUAAAGGGUCUCAAAGCAUCACAAAGUAAAGUAGAUAACAACAGUGAAAGUGAGGCAAUACUAAAGGAACAAUCAAUUGUCCAGGAAAAGUUGCUCACUUAUAUUCAUUCAAUUUGGAUAGAAGAUGACUAUGACCUUGAUGCGAUUAGUCGUGAUCGUCAAAAUAUGGAUGAGCUUGAAAAUACUGCGCUUCAAUUGACUUCAUUAUCUCCUCUUCAGAAAAUGCAAGACGUUGUUCUUUACGUAAUUAUUCAAUCAUUCACAUCAAAAUCCGUCUCUGUUCGUGCCAGAGCAGUUAAAGCACUAGGUUUAGCAAUUAUGAGUGAUAACACUCUUUUAAAUGACAUAAGGAUUCAAAAUUGUAUUGGUAGUAGAGUAAAGGAUGUCGCUUCAAGUGUCAGAGAUGCUGCUCUUGAUGUUUUGUCCAAGCACCUGACUAUAGAUAGUGGCUUUGUUAAUGACUACUUUGAAAUAGUCAGUGAUAGAAUUGAUGAUGAAAGUCCAGCCGUUAGGAAACGCGUUGUAAAACUCCUGAAAGACAUUUACGUUUCGACGGAUGACUUGGAAAGAAAGGCAGAAAUAGGAAAGAUGUUUUGCAUGCGUAUUGUCGAUGAGGAUGAUCUUCUUAAAGACCUCGCACUUGAAGUACUUGAUAACCUCUGGCUCAACUUAAAAAUCACAAAAUCAUCAAAAGCUACCAAAGACGAUCAUUUUGAUGCAGACGAGGAGGUCGCUUCUAUUGACGGCGUAGUGGAUGUCUUGAUGGAGGUCACUAAACUUUUUGGAGACCGCUACAAUUUACUUGAACAAGCUAUGGAAAAGAUUGUUAGCAGACACCCAAAAUCUCACCAAUUGCAAAUAUCAAAUCGCUUCAAACACGUAGUUGCAGUUUUGAUAGAAAGAAUAGACAAUAACGAAGAGGACUCUGAUCUGCUCGCUUGUGUCAGGACUAUACUUGUCCUCGCGGGCACUAUUAAAGGUGUCGUUGGAGGAGCAGCAGCUGAACAACUUCUGCCUUUGCUUGUUAAUGGUAUAACUCCUGAACAGAAGGCCACAUCUGAAGCUACGCUGAAAGUAUUCAAGAAGAUAAUACCACUACUCUCUAGAUCAUCAACAAAGCUUACUGCGGAUCUUCAGGAUCGUUUACUUCCAUUAAUCUCCUCACCAAAUAAUGGAAUUGCUGCACUUUCCGAAGCAGUAGCUUGUUUGUGUAGUGUCGUAAACACUCAUACUUACGCAUUCGUAUCACUCUCAAGAAUGCUUAUGAAAGCGGCACUCGAAACACAUCAACUUUUAGAUGAAAGGACACGCACAGUAGAUGGUAUCUCGAAGUGUAAAGUUUUAAUAAUUAUUAUGGGUCUGUUGGUCGAACACUGUGAUUUUGAAAGUGUUCGUAACUAUGACGAUAUGAACAUUAGUAGAAGAGCACAACAGCAGUACUAUAAUGCGGCAUGCGAUCUUGACAAACUUGUUGCGUCGCUAGCACCAGAAGAGAAUGAAAGGGGUGUGGCUAUACAAGAUUUAAUUUGGAGAUUAUUAAUCGAUGUGAGAAGGGUAGUGGACGAUCCAGCAAUACAAGCUAUCAGUUUACGUGGCUUGGGAUGUAUCUUUGUCGGGUAUCCUUAUCUUAUGAACGAAGAGGAAUCAAUCGCAAUCAUGGAUAAUGUAUUUGCUGAUACAAGUCCAACUAAGAGAAUAGACCAUUCCCAAUUGCUCCUUGUUUUCCAAGAAUAUCUCAAAGUUGAUGAACAGAAGAAAAAUGCGAAGGUUGACGAAGUUGAUGCUAAACAGAAUGCAAUUACAGUGGAGCAUCUUAUCGGCGAUGCGGACCAACUGAAUGAUUCAAAUGUCGGUCCACGAAUUUUACAACGCUACCUUAAACCGAUCCUCGCAUCGGCUUUGUCUAAUACGGCCAAUACGAGUUUACCUGCUAUUGAUGUUUUGGGGUAUGUGGUAAAACAAGGUCUGACUCACCCAAUAGAUCUCGUACCUACGCUCGUUGCACUUCAAACUAGUCCUUCAGGCGCAAUAUCUGCAAAAGCAAGAGAUUUACAUGUGACAUUAUACAACAAAUACGCAUCUGUUCUCAACACUCACCACAUUCUUACAAUUGAAAAAGCAUUCGAUUACCACUACCUGAUCACGGGAAAUUUAUCUGGGAUGAGAAACAAUCGUGCACUUCUCGAAACCUGGUUUGGACUCAUGAGCGAAAAGCGACCAGCGAAGCUCGAUUUCUUAAGUGGUAUACUUAGAUUCUUUGAUAAAAACCCAGCGACGACUACUGUUACAGAUCAUAGCAUUCAGUUGUCUCGCUUCAUUGCUGAUAACCUUCUCACAUUCAAUUAUCAACACAAUGAGGAUGUUUUAUUCGUCGGUAGGAUGUUAUCUACUUAUAUCGCAACACAUGGUGAACAAUUAAGAGAUGAUAUUGAAAAUGCUGAUACCAACCAAAAUGAAAGAAGGUUGAGUGUUAUAUAUUCAAUUUGCAUAGCUGUCAGAAAUAAUCUUAAAUCAAUGUAUGGAUUUACUGACAAGCAAUUCAUUGAAUAUAAACCAAAAAAGAAAUCAACAUUUGGUGAUAGACAGAUAACGAGCAGGGAUGAAGUCAAACAGAUACCUUAUGAUAUAAUUCCUGGCGCUACCAAAUCUAUGAAGAGCGAUGCUGACCAUGAAGCUCAAAUUCAAGCUUACUUUGAUCUAAUGAAUGAUAUAGGCGAUCAGAUGAAUACUCUUGAUAGUGACGAAGAUGAAGCAAUGGAAAGUGACUGAUUUAAUUGCAUGAUGACCUAUACUUUCAU